UCCAUCAGCAACAAACAGGAGGAUGUUCUAUUAGCCAGCUUUGUUAGCCGCUAACCGAGUCGGGCAGCUGCAAUAUUGUUGUUGACAGGUGAAUGUGGAGGAAACGAUGCGGCGAAUCGGAUGUUUGCAAGUGAACGUUACCGUGUCAGGAUUUCUCAUUUGCGGAUUUUGAGAGUCGUGUUAUUACCGACGCUAGUUAGCUUAGCUUUGCUAACGUUGUCGAGGCCAGUGGGCUGCAGCGUCUCUUGUUUAGUUAACGUGGAUGUUGGGCAGCGAGCUGAACUGCUGCCAAAAAGAGGGACGCGACGUUUAUUAAAUUAACACCCACUGUCGUUCACCAACAUUUGUAGCUCGGCGCAUGCAUUUAAAUUUGACGCGCACAAAUAAAAAGUCUGUGUUAAAGUGGAGGUUGGUUUUUAGCAGUGCGUUAGAUUAGCCGAAAAGAAAAGUGCAGUCAUGGACGAUUUUAGCUCGAUCAGCUUGCUGUCUCUUGCGAUGUUGGUUGGAUGUUAUGUGGCAGGGACGAUACCUUUAGCAGUCAACUUUUCAGAGGAAAAGCUGAAACUGAUCACAGUGCUUGGAGCAGGGCUGCUGUGUGGCACUGCACUGGCUGUCAUCAUCCCUGAGGGGGUUCACGCACUUUAUGAAGAAAUCCUUGAAGGUGGACACCACAGCCAUGGCCAGGUUGGAGUCGUGGAAGUGUCUGAGCCAAAGGCUGAAGUAGACGCAGCCCUGAGUGCCAGUGGGAAAAAUGAGCACAGUCACGAGCAGCUUCAUGCCUGCAUUGGAGUGUCUCUGGUCCUGGGCUUCGUCUUUAUGCUACUGGUGGAUCAGAUAGGCAGUUCUCAUGUGCACAACACUGAAGAUCCAGAGUCAGCCAGGGUCAACUCAAAAAUCACCACCACCCUGGGUCUUGUGGUCCACGCUGCAGCUGAUGGGGUGGCACUAGGAGCCGCUGCCUCAACCUCUCAGACAAGCGUUCAGCUCAUUGUCUUUGUAGCUAUUAUGCUACAUAAGGCACCAGCAGCGUUCGGCUUGGUAUCGUUCCUGAUGCAUGCUGGUCUUGAGAGGAACCGCAUCCGCAAACAUCUCCUGGUCUUUGCCCUGGCAGCUCCUGUCCUUGCCAUGCUCACCUUUUUAGGCCUCAGUCAGAGCAGCAAGGAGGCACUGUCAGACAUCAACGCCACUGGUGUCGCCAUGCUUUUCUCUGCUGGCACCUUCCUCUACGUGGCCACUGUCCACGUCCUCCCUGAGGUAGGAGGUGGUGGCCACAGCCACGCUCCCAGCGGAGGCAACGGAGGCAACGGUGGCAAAGGACUGAGCAAGGUGGAGGUGGGAGCCCUGGUACUGGGCUGCCUCAUUCCUCUGGUGCUGUCCGUUGGUCACCACCAUUAGACCCAGCCCUCAUAACUGACUUUUAAGGCGGGUGUACAGGGGAAUGAAGUGAAAACGGAGAUCCCAAAUGUUGUGGGUCUAAAUGUCUUAUUGCUUGUUGUCUCCUGAUGGACCUCGUGGACCAGACUGGUGCUCAUUGCGGGGACAUCUUAUGACUCGAAAAAUGACCUUGAAUAAGAAAAUGAAUGAUCAGAGUUGCUACAGUGACAACCAAGGCACACGAGUAUGUUUGUUUGUUUUCUAUUUUUUUUUCUGAUGACGAAACAUCUUACAACUAUUGUAUGUGUCCAUUUAUUCCACCAGAAAUCUGUUUUUAAGAGAGGCCCAAGCCGAACCCUUUAGCUCUGUUUAUUUUCAGUGUUGCAUUAUUGUGCUUGUCCAAAGUGAAAGAAUUGAUCCUGAUUUCAUUAGUAAUGUUUUACUAAUGGCAGUUGCACAGUGAGAUUUGGAAGCCUGUGAUAUCGAAAAAACAAACUCUCUUUUUUUAUAUAUAAUUGUACAGAGUGUAAGUCUCUUUAGCAACAAUCCAGAUUAAUUUGAACCUGAUUUUCAAGUGCCAUAUUAGGAACAGAUACCUGACAAGACGGCGCCGUAAGGACGUUCCAAUUUGUAGAAAAUAUUCCUGGCUUAUUUUCCUAACGGAGAUCUUUUUCUCGCAGCCAACGAUGAAGCAGGAUGAGUGAUCAGCCCGAAUAACCAGCCAGAUGCUCGUAACAGUGUUUGCUUUGGCUAGUAAGUUUAUCUACAAAGUGGAGGUUUGUCUUGGUAAAAAAAAAAUGACGAGCAGUUUCUUGGCCUGAUUGGAAACCUAUUUAUGAUGAAUACUGCAGGUGUGUGUCUCCUUUUUUAAAACUACAUGUUUCAUGGACUGAUCUGCUGAAACGCGAAUCCUGCGUAAGGAAAAGACACAACCAGCCUUGAUGUAUCACAACCUGAACUAUCACUUUUAUUUUAUCUGUUUAGUUUCUGGAUUUAUAUCUGUUCUGCUUCACUUGGAGAGUAAUUAUAAAUAGAGGUUGCAGGAAAAAAACUGUAUAGAAUUGUCUUAAGUGAUUGUAUAGAGUGUUAGCGCUUAUUCAGAAGUGGAGGUUACUUCAGCAGCUCUGAGUGAAUUUGCCUCACAGAGGGCCUUUACUGUAUGAAAACAUCUAGGGACCAUCGGCUCAGGAGAACAGACAUGUUGCAGCCCCAGCGAUUAGAAUUUUGAACAAAUGUUUAUUUUUAGCGUUCAAGUUGAUUUACCCCUCGUUAAUUAAUCACACUUGAGCAAUAAUCGUACACAUGAAAUUGGGGCAAUGCCACUUCUUCCUCAGGAGUGCAGCAGUGUCUGAAAUGGUUACAGAGGGUUUGCCUUCAUCUUCAAAGGGUUUGUUAUGUCAUGUCGAAACUCUUGAACGCAGCCCUGCUCUGACACCCCUGUUUCUGCCUCAGUACCAUUAAAACAGUAACAGGUUGAUGCAUUAAAAUGGAAGUAGGAUGCUCCCUCUCUUAUCGGGGCACAUGGAUAUUGUGAGUGUUACUGUAUCACUGCCUGCUCACAGCAGUGUGCAUGUAUAUGUAUGUAUGUGUGCUGUACAGAGUAACUUCUUCCUUCCACAUCAUCAUGAUCUCUUGUGUGAGAUGGAACUGCUUACUCGCAAAUACAAUUUCUUUUUUUAAUUGGA